AUGGGUGACAAGUUUAUCUUCAUGGUAAUUCUCAGUCGCUAUUGUACUACUGCGGAUGAAUCCAUGGGGCGCGACGCCAUAGUUGGUGAAGGCAUACCAGCGAAGAACACAACGUCAGGUGAAGAAAGCCAGAGUCUUCCGGUUUUCCAAGUCAACGAAGACCUUUGGAAAUAUUCAUGCGCGUACACGACUAGUCUUGGAAGGCCCCAUGAAGUCCGUGGAACACAGAACGAUCUCAACAGUAGCACACUGUUUAUGACAAGAGAGGUACAGAAAGAAUUAUGGGAGAUUGAUUCAUGGAUUAAAGAGAAUAAGCUCGAAUAUUUAAUGGUCUAUCGCAUUAUGGCCAUCGCCUUCACCACCCUAGUUUAUAAGGAAAUGUACCAAGGAAAACAGCGAAUGCAAAGGUGGCCAAUCGAGUGCGAUAUCACGCGACAAGAACGCCAAAACCUCGACGAGACAAUUAAUGACCAGGGUGAAAUCAUACCCAAUUCCUUGAGGGCUAUCACAGAUCUCGUUUCCCUUCAGGUCCAGAAGCUGCAAGAAUACGAAAGUAAUCGACAACCUGGAUCGCCAUCAGUAGAUGAUUAUUUUACCGACACUUGCAAAAAGAUUAAUAGAUCUUCGGACCCGGCUCGUUACGAGAUACCUUUCAGAUUCCUAGAAUACAUGGAGCACGUUACGAAGCUUUGGGAGAAAGACGGAGAUGGCUUCAAAUAUCCAGCCGAGCAAGUCCAGCAUUAUCUCGACAAUCUUCUUAUUUACCGCGCUACCUUGAUCUACAUAUAUAUGUCAAAGUCUGCAGACAACAGCCAUAUCAUCUCCAAUCCUGAGUAUCACAAGCUCAUUCCUGUGAUUUGA